AUGCCUCUAGGGAACUACACACUCCAUGUCGAUGAAGGAAUCGCAGUUAGAGUGUGUCACUACGAUGAAUCUGAUCCGUUACCAGUGCAUCAAGAGGAGAAGGUAUUCUACACGGAAGAAGAUUACAGAGAUUUCUUGGCUCGACGAGGAUGGACAUGUCUGAGAGAGUUUGACGGGUUUAGGAACUUGGACAAUAUGGAUGAUCUUCAACCUGGUGUCUUGUACCGAGGAACGAGAUGA